UUACCUACUUUUUUAAUUUAAUUUAUUUCAGUAGCAUAUCUUGUCAUUUGUCAAUGUCAAAAAUCUUAUAAAGUAAAUAUCGAAAUCAAAGGCAUUUGCAGAAUAAAUCUGUAGGAAAUUAGAGUUUUCUCUAAUUAAUCAUAGAAUAAUGGGGUUACUUAAAAAGACGACAGGCCUUGUGGGCAUGGCUGUGGCGCCUAAUCCUCAUCAUACUUUAGGAUCACUGUAUGGCAAAAUUCUCAGAACACUGCAAAAGAUGCCAGAGUCAUCAGUAUAUAGAAAAUAUACUGAACAGAUUGUUAAAGAAAGAGCAGCUGUUUUAAAACAGACAAAAGACACAUAUGAAAUUGAAACUAAAAUAAACUGCGGUCAAGCUGAAGAGCUUAUCAUUCAAGCUGAAAAUGAGUUAAAUCUGGCACGUAAAAUGUUAAUCUGGAAACCAUGGGAGCCAUUAGUUGCCAAGCCUCCAAAGACACAAUGGGAUUGGCCUCCAACCAAAGCUUAAACUCAUUGCACAUUGAUAAGAGAAUGAAAUUAACAACUGUUUCCAUCGUUAUUUGUAGAAUGCAAUUAUAGUUUUAAUUUGUUUGAAAUAAAGAGACACCAGUAUAAAUUAAAUAA